AACCAGAAGCGACCGUGUUUCUUCUUCGACACUCAAGGUAUUUCUUCUUCGUGGGAGGAGGCCUCCAAUCGUCGCGUAGUGCCACGUUGAUGGAGCCCAGUGGGGACGUGGAAAGCCGAGUCGACAGCGAGCUCAGCGGGUACCGGUAGCUACGACUAGCCGCUGUCUUGUCCUACGUCGCGGGGCGUUCGUCGUUGAAACACCAGCGUCAAGAGAAAAGGGAGAGGCGCGAAACCGCUGCUUCUUUAUUCAUUUUGUGCCUGCGCGUGUAUGUGACACGGAGAAAAGACCAAAGUGAAACCAGGAUGAAACUGAAAGAGAUCAACCGUACUGCCAUCCAGAGCUGGAGUCCGGCUCAGCAGCACCCGAUCUACCUGGCAACCGGCACGUCGGCGCAGCAGCUGGAUGCCUCCUUCAGCACCAACGCCUCCCUGGAGCUCUUUGAGCUGGACUUGUCCGACCCAUCCCUGGACAUGAAGUCAUGUGGCAGCUUCUCUUCGUCUCACAGGUACCACAAGCUGGUCUGGGGUCCCUGCGGAGCAGACGCCCGGGGUCACCCGGCCGGCUUGGUCAUCGCCGGGGGCGAGAACGGCAACGUCAUCCUGUACGACGCCGCCAAGAUCAUGGCCGGCGAGAGCGACAACGCGGUGGUGGCCGAGAGCGACCGGCACACGGGCGCCGUGAGAGGACUUGAUGUCAAUCCCUUCCAGACCAACCUCUUUGCAUCUGGCGCAAAUGAGUCCGAAAUUUACAUCUGGGAUCUAAACAACUUUGAGUCCCCCAUGACGCCAGGACCCAAAACACAGCCAGCCGAGGACAUUGGCUGCCUGUCGUGGAACCGGCAGGUCCAGCACAUCCUGGCCUCGGCCAGCCCGAGCGGUCGCGCCUCCGUGUGGGACCUCCGCAAGAAUGAUCUCAUUAUUAAAGUCAGCGACCACAGCAACAGAAUGCAUUGCUCCGGGCUGGCAUGGAACCCAGAGGUGGCCACCCAGCUGGUCCUGGCCUCCGAGGACGACCGCAUGCCCGUCAUUCAGAUGUGGGAUUUACGAUUCGCUACCUCCCCGCUCCGGAUUCUGGAGAAUCACACCAGAGGCGUCCUCGCCAUCGCCUGGAGUGCGGCCGAUCCUGAGUUGCUCCUCAGCUGCGGCAAAGACAGCAGGAUCCUGUGCUGGAACCCAAACACGGGCGAGGUGCUGUACGAGCUGCCCGUCGGCAGCCAGUGGUGCUUUGACGUGCAGUGGUGCCCCAGGAACCCGGCGGUGCUUUCGGCCGCCCGCUUCGACGGACACAUCGACGUCUACUCCAUCAUGGGCGGCGGCAGCCUGGCACAGAGCCAGAGGCACGCCGACCAGAUCAAUAACUCCUUCGGCAACGUGGAUCCUUUUGGGACGGGACAAACGUUGCCCCCGCUGCAGCUACCUCAGACCACCACUCCCGCUGCUAGUGUCAACCCCUUGAAGAAGCCCCCCAAGUGGAUUCGCAGGCCCGUUGGGGCGUCGUUUGCCUUUGGCGGAAAGCUAGUAUCCCUGGAGAACGGUCCGGUAAAUGGGCAGGAGCCCGGUGGCCCCCGCCUGGUUCACGUCAGCCAGGUGGUGACCGAGACGACCUUCUUGACGCGGUCGGAACAGCUGCAGGCUGUGCUGAGCGCCGGCACCUUCCAGGAAUUCUGCCAGGAGAAGAUCCAAGCGGCUCAGGAUCAGUUUGAGAAAACUGUCUGGUCUUUCCUCAAGGCCAACUUUGAAAGUGACAUCCGCAGUAAAUUCUUGGAGCUUCUGGGCUUCAACAAAGAGGAGCUCGCUGAAAAGCAGCAGGAGCAGGAACAGGAAGAGGAAGAGGAGGCUCCUUCGCAGGGAGUCGACCUCAGCAUCAGUAAAGACACGGACGGUCUGAUCACGCAGGCCCUUCUCACGGGCAACUUUGAGGUGGCCGUGGAGCUCUGCCUCCUUGAUGGCCGCAUGGCCGACGGCAUCAUUCUCGCCAUUGCCGGUGGCGACGACCUCCUGGAGAAGACGCAGAGGAAGUAUUUCCACAAGACGCGUGGCAAAAUCACCAAGCUGAUUAGCGCCGUGGUGACCAAGGACUGGCGUGACGUGGUGACCGCAUGCAACCUGCACAACUGGAAGGAGGCGCUGGCGGCCGUCAUGACCUACGCCAAACCCGACGAGUUCUCUUCGCUGUGCGACCUCCUCGGCGUCCGUCUGGAGGCGUCGGGCGAAGCCGCUCUGCGCGCUCACGCCUGUCUGUGCUACAUCUGCGCCGGCAACGUGGACAAACUGGUGGCCUGCUGGAAAACGGCCGGCCGGCGACACUGCCCGCUGGCCCUGCAGGACCUGGUGGAGAAAGUGGUGGUGCUGCGGCGCGCUGUGGAGCAGACGCAACGCUCGGCUCCCGCCGUCGGCGUGGGCUCCCCGCUGGCUGAGGAGUUGGCUCGCUACGCUGGGCUUCUGGCCUCGCAGGGCAGCCUGUCCAGCGCCGUCAGCUACCUGCCCGACGGCAGCGGGCAGGGGGCCUUGAAGGAGCUCCGUGAGCGCCUCAGUCGGGCUCUGGGUCAGCAGGUGGCUCCGGUCCAGACCUCCAGAGUUCAGCCUCAGCACCCGAGGCCUCACCUCCGCCAGGCCUUCAUCCCGGUCCAGCCUGCCACCCCCAUGGCACCCGUACAGAUGCAGGCACCCGCCUCCGCCCCGUCCCAGCAGCAGUAUUACCAGCCCGUGAGGUCUGCCUCCACCGUCACCUCGUGGAGUAACCAGACGCCAACGGCGCUGCCCAACGUCACAUCUCCUCUGCAAAUGGGUCCUGCCUCUGAGCAGCAGCAGCAGGCUCAAGCGCCGAAGUCCGCGUAUGGAGUGCCGCCGUCCGGCUCGUCCGCCGCGGCCUCCGCCGGCCCCGCCUACAUGUACUCCCAGCAAUACCAGCCCCAACUCCAGGUACAGCACUUCCCUCCUGGAGCCCGUCAGCCUCUUCACUACUCUGAGCCCCCUUACCCUCCUCAGCCCCCCGGCUUCCUCGCCCGGUGCCUGCCCGACUCUCCUUCCUCUUUUCCUCCUUUGUUUCCCACCUCCUCCUCCUCUUCCGGAGCGUCUUUCCAGCAUGGCGUGCCGGGCUCUCCUGGGUCGUCUGCGCCGCAGCUUCCACCCGGCGCAGUCUCAGGUACAAAGUUUGAGCUUGAGCAGACACUCGACCCCGACGGAACAGGGCCCCAGAACGGUUGGAAUGACCCGCCAUCUCUUAGCAGGGCAUCCAAGAAGAAGAUCCCGGAGAACUACACCCCACCCGCCCCAAUCACCGCGCCCAUCAUGGCUCCUUUGGGUGGGGACUCUCACGCCCAGCCCGUAGCUUCUGGAGCGCCACAGGGCUCCGUCCUCGGUCCUCAAGGGGCGUUCCAGCAGAUCCCGCCGCAGACCCUCAACCCAAGCAUACCCACUGAGGGAGCGCCCGGGGGACCCACGGGCGAUUCCAUCCGGUCGAUCCCCGCCGAGAAGAUCGCCAAGAAGCCCAUCCCAGAGGAGCACCUGGUCCUCAAGACCACCUUCGAGGGCCUGGUCCAGAAGUGCUUGGCCGUUGCUAGCGACCCGCAAACUCGCAGGAAGCUGGAGGAUGCCAACAAGCGUCUGGAGGCGCUCUACGACAAACUGCGGGAAGAGACUCUUUCUCCUGCCAUCGUGGGGGGCCUGCACACCAUGGCGCAACGCGUGGAGGCGCGCGCCUACGCCGAGGGUCUGGGCAUCCACACGCACAUCGUGAGCAGCAGCAACUUCAGCGAGACCUCGGCGUUCAUGCCCGUCCUCAAGGUGGUGCUGACGCAGGCCAACAAGCUGGGUGUUUGAGCCCGCGUGCUACCUUAACCCUCAAUUAAGGGCUAUUCCCCCCCCCCCCCCCCCACUACCAAUCAUGCUGAUUGCUUUUAAAUCGACUUUAUAUGAAGUGAUGCAAUCCAGAUGAAUCAUUUUCAAUGACGAGGAAUGCCAACAGGAAGAAAAAAAGGGAACAUUGUGGGUGUCUCAGUGAGUAGAAUUAGCCUGUUUUCUUUUUAUUAUUUUUUUUAAUCUUCUGUGUUCGCAUUGCCCUUCAAUGUUUUGAUCAGCUUAUCGCACUUUUUGUCCGCCCUCUCCCCCCCCCUUAUUCUUUCACCUCUGCCUUAUUGGACCAAGUUUUAGCGCAGCAAUGCAAUGCCGCAAACGUAUUUUUACCGCUUCACUUUUUCCACAUUUUGUCUUUUAACACCCCCCGCCCCCUUUUUGUAAUCAUUAUGCACACACAAGGCCAAUAAUGAUUUUUAAAAAAUGUUGUCGCUUUUUUAAAAAUGACAUGAUUCUAUUCAA